AAAAUUGCAAAUAUUAAAAGAAAAAAUUUGCCUAUGCAUAUAAAUAUGCAUAAGCCAGUAUUUCGAUGAUACAGCAGUUUAUAAGAAAAAUUAAAAGAGAAAAAAAAAUGAAAAAUAAAAUUGAAAAAAAAUACUAAAUAAAGAAAAAAAAGGGAAAAAUUAAAGGCCGUGGUUUGAAAAAAAAAGUUUAAAAAUAAUUAUAAAACAAAAAUUUUAAGUAAAAAAUGUGGCUUUAAACUCAGAAAAGUGUUUGUUUUUUAAUGAUUUCUGUAAAGAAAAUACCUCUCUUCUCGGUUGACAACCUAUGGCAAUGAAAUACAACUAACAUCUACAAACAUGUAGUAUACACCAAACAAAAAAAUUAAAAACAAAAAAUGUUACAUGUCUAUCUUGUAUUGUAAAAAUAACCCAGAAGCGGCCAAGCAAAGUAAAAUAAAAAAAAAAAAAAAAACAGAAAAUAAAAAGAAUGUCUAUUUUGAAAGAGAGCGCGCGGAAAAAUGCUGUGGUGAAUUCUUAACAGAAACGCACAAAAAUGCUUAUUUGAAACACAAACAAGCUUCGAAAGAAAAACAAACAAACAACAACAAAAAAGAGAAAAAAUCCAAAUAUAUAUGACAACGAAGUUCAUUUCAGCAAAUAUGGCAAAAAUUAUGUGUGGAAAAAAAUUAAAAAAAAAAAAAAUAAACAGCCAUUAAAAAAAGACCACAAAACUACUAUAAGACAGAAUUAAAAACAAAACAAAAAUUAGUGAGUGGAAAAAAUGUAGCGAUAAACAAAAAUUUUGUGAACAACACAAGGACAAUGAACAGAUGAAUGUGUGCAUAAUUUGAAAUAAACUACUACAAAGAAAAAGAAAAUUUGAAAAUUCAACAGAAAACCAAAAAAACUCAACAAAAGAGACCUCCCUGAGGCUAAGUGAUAAACAAUACCAAAAUUUAAAAACAAAAAAAAACAACACUAACCACAAGUUCAACAAGAAAAAAAUAUUAACCAUGAAAAGAAAAAAGUGAUUAAUGCCAAAACAAAAUUCAAAAAAAAAACACAAAAAAAUUAAUGUGAACAAAAAACCAAAAAAGUAAGCCUAGAAUCUCAAAAGCCAACUCUAGCAACUACAAACCACCAACUAGUAAAGCGUAUUUUCUUAGAUUGAACAACAUAAAAUGAAAUUGAAUUUCUAUGUACCUGCUGCCAGUGGAUCUCUUCAUCUUCUAUUGCUGCUGCCAUUGUUCCUCAACAACCACCCGCUUAAUGAUGCCCACUUGCUGCGCAAAGUAUCCAGUGAUCCCAUGGCCGGCACUGAGAUGAUACAGGAGUUUAGGGCACCCAACUGGGCCCUCUAUGCCAAUGAUACCACAAUUCCUAGAAAGAAUUUAGUAUUUGCUGUCCUCUUGCCCAGCGUUGAGUUGGACAAUAAGAAUGACUGUGUUAUGGUCAAGGUUUUGGCUGUGCUGGAGCUGGCCAUUCAUCAUGUGCAGCGUCGCCUGGGCUUUGCCCACAAUGCCCAAAUUGAUAUAACCCUGAUAUCGAGGGAUACCAAUUGCUCUUCGAUACAUGGGCCCAUAGGGUUCUUUGAAAUCUACAUGGAGCGAGAGGAGAUAAAUGCUGUCAUGGGUCUGUCCUGUGAAUAUGUUUUGGCUCCGAUCUCCCGUUAUGCUGGCGCCUGGGGCAUACCCGUACUCACCUCGGGCGGCAGUGCCAAAGAUUUUGGCAAUAAAGCCUCAUCCUAUCCCACCUUGACUAGGCUGCGAGGCUCUUUGGCCAAUAAUUUGGGCAAUGCCAUGCUGGGCAUUUUGGAUAGUUUCAAUUGGACCCGCACCGUGUUGAUCUAUCAGAAUGAGGACACUCAAACCAAAGGCAACUCGGUGUGCUUUUUUUGUGCCGUAGUCGUGCACGACAAAGUGCACUCGGAGUAUCAGCAAGCAUUGGAUACACAGAAAUGGAGCAAAGAGACCAUAGUGCUAUUGCUGAGGACACUGUCCAAGAAGGCGAGAGUUAUUAUUAUGUGUGCCGAUCCUCAAUCUAUACGAAAAAUAAUGUUAACAGCCGAAGAGUUGAAUAUGAUUGACAGUGGUGAAUAUGUUUUCAUAAACAUUGAGCUAUUUUCGAGAGUUCCCUACUUGACAUCACAGCCAUGGUAUGAUAAAAAUGAUACAGCCGAGAACAAUGAACGGGCCCGCAAAGCCUACACAGCCAUGUUGACUGUAACACCCAAACAGCCGGAUGAUGAGGAAUAUACCAAAGUAUCGAAUGAGAUUAAAGCAAUUGCGGAAGCCAAAUACAAUUAUACGUUCCAUGACAACGAACCCAUAUCGGUGUUUGUAACGUCCUUUUUCGAUGGCGUACUGCUCUAUGCGAAUGCCUUGAAUGACAGCAUACGUGAGGAUCCCAGUGUGCUGACGCGUCCCAUAAAUGGCACGGAUAUGGUGCGGCGUAUGUGGAAUCGCAGUUUCAUGGGUAUUACCGGCAACGUGACCAUUGAUGGCAAUGGUGAUCGCAUAUCAGCAUACUCGCUAUUGGAUAUGAAUCCCACUACAGGAAGAUUUGAGAUAGUGGCCCAUUUCCAACACAACAAAUUGGAGUAUGUGCCAGGGAAGACCAUACAUUGGUCGGGAAAUCGCCUGGAGCCCCCCUUGGAUAGGCCAGUGUGUGGUUACGAUGGCUCCUUGUGCCCGGAUAAUUCUUUACCCGGAUAUGCCAUAUUGUCUUUGGUCUUGGGUGUGGUGGUCGUCAUCAUGAGCGUUUGUUUCUUUUUCGGCUAUCGCCAUUAUAAAUCCGAGGCAGAAAUCAACUCCAUGGCCUGGCGUGUUUCCAAAGAUGAUGUCAUCUUUCACAAUUCUGCUGGCCGCUGUUUCCGUGGCUCCCUGCAUUCCCUGGUCAAGCACAAUUCACAAAUGACCCUGAUGUCCGACGAUAUGGGUUCUCUAAGUGGUGAUCGUCAAAUCUUUAUACCCGUAGGCUUAUUUCGAGGCUGCAAAGUGGCCAUUAAGACGGUAGAUGAGCGCAACAGCAUAACCCUAACACGUUCGCUGAUGCUGGAAUUGAAACGCAUGAAGGAUUUGCAGCACGACCAUUUGGUGAAAUUCUUUGGUGCUUGCCUAGAACCGUCCAAGAGUUUCAUUUUAACUGAAUAUUGUCCCAAGGGCUCCUUGCAGGAUAUUUUGGAAAAUGAACAAUUUCAAUUGGACUGGAUGUUCAAGCUGUCGCUAAUGCAUGACAUUGUCCGGGGUAUGCAAUUCUUGCAUAACUCCGACAUAAAGUCACAUGGCAAUUUGAAAUCAUCCAAUUGUGUGGUGGACUCGAGAUUUGUAUUGAAAAUUUGUGAUUUCGGUUUACAUACACUAAGAAGAGCCACAGCGGACAAAGACAAUGAUGUGGAGAAUUGCAAUAGUCAUUCGUAUUGGAGUAAGCUUUUGUGGACAGCACCGGAACUCUUAAAAAUGGAAAAUAAUCGCCCACCCGAGGGUACACAAAAGGGCGAUGUCUAUUCGUUUGCCAUCAUUGUCCAUGAAAUAAGCACCAGACAGGGACCAUUCUAUUUGGGCAAACUGGAUGAGAAAUCGCCACAAGAUAUUAUUUAUUUGGUCAAAGGAUAUCCACAUUUGUUACAAACACCCUUUCGUCCGCAGUUAGCGGAAAUACCGCGUGACUACAAGGAAAUCAAUGGUGUCAUGCAGAAAUGUUGGUCCGAAGAUCCCACGGAGAGGCCAGAUUUUAAUUCACUGAAAUCGAUUAUCAGAAAUAUUAACAAGGAUAAUGAAACCGGCCAUAUUGUGGACAAUCUCUUGAAACGCAUGGAACAGUAUGCCAACAAUCUGGAAGAACUAGUGGAGGAGCGCACUCAGGAUUACAUAGAGGAAAAGAAGAAAUGCGAGAAGCUGCUCUACCAAUUGUUGCCACAGAGUGUGGCCGCCCAGUUGAUUUCCGGCGAACCCGUGGUGGCUGAAACCUUUGAUCAGGUUACCAUAUAUUUCUCAGAUAUUGUCGGCUUUACCGCCAUAUCAGCUGAGAGUACUCCCAUGCAGGUGGUACAAUUUCUCAACGAUCUCUAUACCUGCUUUGACUCAAUUGUGGAGAAUUUCGAUGUCUACAAGGUGGAAACUAUAGGCGAUGCUUACAUGGUUGUUUCCGGCCUGCCCAUACGGAAUGACAAUCAGCAUUCCCGGGAAAUAGCCCGUUUGGCUUUGGCUCUUUUGGAGGCUGUGCAUAAUUUUAAGAUACACCAUAGGCCCAAUGAUAGAUUGAAACUGCGAAUUGGCCUGCACACGGGCGCCUGCGUCGCUGGUGUGGUGGGCCUGAAAAUGCCUCGCUAUUGCCUAUUUGGUGACACUGUGAAUACAGCCUCCCGCAUGGAAUCGAAUGGGGAAGCCUUAAAGAUUCACAUAAGCGAGAAGACCAAAAUAGCCCUGGAUGCAUUUGGUACUUUUAUAACAACAAAGCGUGGCUUUGUGCCCAUGAAGGGCAAGGGAGAGAUGUUAACCUAUUGGCUGGAGGGUGAAAUCCCCAAAGUCGAAACACCCAUUUCGCCCCAAAAACUUAUGUUGUCGCGUAGAUCUUCGCUGAAGCAAGUUGCACGCAUGGGCCUGCUGCACAAACAGAACUCGGAAGCCCUACCAUUCCCAGCAAACUAUCAGCUGCAGCAACAAUUGGACCUGGAACGCUCGGUUAGCCGGCAGAAUUCCCCCAAUCUGAGGGUUAAGCGCAAGAUAUCCUCUUCGUCGCCCAAACUGAAUGGUAGUGAUUUUAAGACUGAUGAUUUUUACAAUUAUCUCGGGAUGAAUGCCAAGAACAGCAUGAAGCUCUCGCCGCCCCAUAGUGAUAUUUACAGCAGUAGGUCGCUAAAAGAUGACCCCAAGGAGGGAUGUUGGGAAUUGGCCAACUUUCGCCUGCCUCUGUCGGGUGCAUUGAAAACACACAAUAAUUCCAAGCACAGCUACACCCAGCUAUCGUCGACUCAAUCCAACUCGAAUCUGACGGGGUUGCUGCAGCCGGCAGCCUCCAGGUUGAGAAUGAAAAACUCUCCCACCAUCUCCAGCCUGAUGAAUAACAGCGAGACAGCCAGUUUGGGCAGCUCAACGCGUAUUAAAUUCAAUGUUAGUGAAACUCCGGAGGAAACACAAAAUCUCGUCUCUUCCAAUGUCUAUGAGGAUGACGAAGGUGAAGCCGAAGCAGAAGCUGUGGCAAGUAGGGUGAGCAAACGUGAAGCACCCAAAGCAGAAAGGAAGUCUGUGGUCAUAAUGUCACCCUUCAGUAAUGGAGAGCAUUUCCAACGUACACAGACGCCACCAGCAACGUUAAUGAAUCACAAUGAACUAACGGCGACCGCUAACCACGAUCAGCCGCAUCAGCAAAACCACCAGCUAACGAAUGCUGGACCAUUAUACCCGCCUCUAAAUGCCAUAAACACCUCCUUGAGUAACUCCAAACCUGCAAUGGGUGGUGGCCACACCAAUAAUUUGGUGCAGGCCAACAAUUGCAAAAACAUAAAUCAGUACUUUGCCAAUAACUCAUCGAAUACUCCUCGCGGUGCUGAUAUUGAGGACGACGAAGUUGCUCUCACAUCACCCACAUUUCCCAUAUCCGAUGAAGGUGGAGGCAGUGUGGCCAACGUUGGUAGUUGCGGUAAUGCCACUACAGUCACAGCGCCAGUCCAUAACCGCCACAUAAAUCGCAAACACCAUCAGUCCGCGCCCUCAAGCAAUGCGGUAACGCAACCGUUGUUGGCCAAAAUUAAUUCAUAGCAAUAAAUGUAAAAUUUAUUUAUUUACAUCUGAAAAAUGUAAAAAAACCUCAAACAAUAUGGCAAGUCUAAGGGGAAAAAUGCAACUCUGCUCAUAUGAAGGCUAGAGGCAACCCCCGAUAUGGUAAUUGGCUAAUAGACAUUUAUCCCAUUAGCCGAACUUAGAAUGGAUUUCCAAGCGCUUCGAUCUUCUGCGCUCCCUGUUCAAUCUCUGACACCAAAUUUCAAGAUGUCUUUCACCACUUGAAUGGAUAUGGUAACAGGACAUUAGAUAUGGAUAUGGUAACAGGGAUGACAAAACUUCUAUGAACUGCGUAAAAAUUCUGUUUACAUUAAUCUAUUCUCUCAGUCAUUAAGAAACGAACAUUGCGCAGACAGUAUUUAAUUUUGGACUCGAAAUAUAGAAAGAGCUCAUACUAAAGCCUAGUACUUAAGCCGACAACCAAUGAAUUUUGUGAUAAGCUUAAAUUAGAGACUCAAUCUCACCGCCAUCGCUCGCUUGAGAAAUUUCGAAACUUUUUUUACGAACAUUCCAUUCAUUCACUCAAUUAGUUUGUCGCCCAAUUCGGUGUCUCGUUAUAGUUGAGUCCUAUGGAAGUAACGCCGAGUAACACUUCUUGCAGAGUUGAUUUGCAUAUCCAAAAUUGCUCACUAACAUUCCAUUGAGGAACAAGAGGCAAACUUCUUACAUAUCAACGAGUGCUGCCGGAUUCAAGUUUUAGCUCAAUGAUUUGGAAUCUCCUUUUUAUAGCCUAGUCCGAAAGGAGGAGCAUCUCUUUUAGAGUUUUUACAUGACAAAUGUCUCCACAGAAAGUUACUUUUCUGAUGUUCACGCUAGGAUUCAAACCCAGGCGUUUAGAGUCAUGGCGGAUAUAUAAACCUCUGACCUUUAUAUAAACCGGUGGCCUUCCUUUCCCACAAUUACAAUCUAACAUGCGCCUACUCUAAUCAAUGCAGGGUAGAAAGGUACAAGAGGAUCGAAACGACUACAGGGGUUGGCUAAGGGUAAGUUGAAAGGAUGAAUGAACAGAAGUCUGAGAGAAGAAUGAAAGAGGGAAUAGGACUCUAUAUUAAGGAACGACAAAAGAAGGUUGAAAGCAAACGAAGGUUCACUCCCACAUAACUCCGUGUGUCCAUAUCAGCAACCCACCUUAGACAUCCAAGUGGAAAAUAUUAUCCUUCUGCAUAUCGAGUUUCCUCAGCCAAAAAAAAAACAGCGAUGCACAGUUCAGCUUCAAAUUCAACAACGCCCCAUGGUACAGACCUUUUCGAACCUAUGAUUUCGAAUUCGGAUAGUUCCUACCUAGAAUAUCCCUCGGCAUGAGUAGAAGGCGCACAGUGUCUCAUGGUUUUUAUGCUCUGUAUUCUUUUCCCAAGCCAACAGCGAAUUCAGAACUAGACUUAGGUAUUCUGCUUGCUUUUGAGAUAGGAGUGAAAAUUUUGAUUGAAAAACGCCAGCUCUGCCUCUCAUACUAAUUCCACUCAUCGUUACCCAAUCCGAUACUCCACCAAAUAUUAUUUCAUGAUCUUAUUAAUCGCUGAAAUCAAUUAGCUGCACAACAGCGAGAAUAGUGCUCCUUAUAUCCUUGCUAUUGGCACCAACCAUACAAUCUCCCAAGUUCGAGUUAGUAAUCCUGCUGUAUAGCACCAUUGGGAGAUGUUAUGAUGGAACCUAAUUAAGAGCAUUUCUAAAUGCCGCCAUGACAUCCCGGAUACUAACCCUCCAUAGUUCGGACUAUGGGUGUGCAGGCAUCCCUACGUAAUGGGACGUGGCGCCCCCGCUCGACAGGGGCGGGUAUGGGGGACAUGGGAACGGACGAGAAAAAACUGCUUCUGUCUGAGAGAAGACUCGACUCUCGCCGGUUUACUAAACUGCCCUAGAGGCAUGCGAGUUGUACCAGUCCACCUUUGUUCUCAAUCCAUUGCUCGCAGCCCGACUCGAAAGUCUUUUUAAAGACCUUUCCCUAAUCUUACUUAUCUCUCUUACUGUUAUCUCAAAAGCAAGCGGAAUAACUAAGCCUAGUUCUGGAUUCGCAGCUGGCUGGGGAAGACUCGACUCUCGCCGGUUUACUAAACUGCCCUAGAGGUAUGCGUCUUGUACUAGUCAACCUUUGUGCUAAGUCCAUUCCUCGCAGCUCCACUCGAAAGUCUUUUAAAAGACCUUUCCCUAUUCUAACUAAUCCUUCUAUCUGAGAGAAGACUCGACUCUUGCCGGUUUACUAAACUGCCCGAGAGGUAUGCGAAUUGUACCAAUCCACCUUUGUUCUCAAUCCAUUGCUCGCAGACCGACUCGGGUCUCGUCAAAGACCUUUCUCAAUCUCACUAAUCGUUAGUAGCGAUUUGUCUCUGGCUAGAAUCACGAUAGCGAGGAGAACACUCAUGCUUAGGAAGAUGAUCUUUUCACCCACCUUCUGAUCAUACAAUCUCCCCUAUACGAGUUGAUAAUCCUGCUCCAUAGCACUAUUGUGGAAUAUAAAAGUGGGCUCUGGGACUUUGGCGUCAAGCUGCGAUUGCCAAUACUAUAUCCACGUUUUAAAAAAGCGCCUGAAUAUUAUGGAAGGCCCUUUAGCUGGAUAGACCCUUUGAUUCUUCGAACUGCUUCGUUGAAGACCUUCCUCAAUAAACUGCACUUGUACUCCAGUUCUAGCCAUUACAGGAUAACUUCAAGAAUCCCCUGCAAUAUUGAAGAUACCAUAGCAUCCGCUCCAGAAGAAUCGUCCGAAAGGCGUGUACUGCCCCUCACUAUCUUCUUCUCCUUAACAAUCUCCCCAAUGAUAUCAUAUACAGUGGCAGAUUUUAAGGUUUUUACGAUAUUGUUCCAUUAACAGCCGACUUAAUACUGAAUUUCUUGAAAAUGCGUCCCCAUUAGAAACUCCGUAAACAGUGGUCCUUCUAUUGGAGACCAUUAGUCAAAGUUCUUUGGUCAAAAAAUUCCAUUUUGUUUCUUAUAAAACUUGGAGUGCUAGGAUGAUACUAUCCAUACCUAUCUUGUCCUAGCCGACGAUAUCCUCGAUUAUAUCAUCCGCAGUUGCAGUUUCUGUGAUUAAUUCGAUAUUGUGAUCGCCAACCUCAUACUGGCUGCCUGAAACAUGCGUCUCCGUCAGUAGCUUCUCAGUUAACUGAUUAUCCACAAUGAAAACACCAUCGUUCUCUCUUAGGAAGCUCCAAUGUUGACUGGUUAUUGCAGUUCAAAGUCCCAUCGUCGUUUCUCAGAGAGUUUGGCGUUCUUCAAUCAUAUCGCCUAUAUCAUCUUGUCUUCGCCAACAAUGUCCUAGAUUUGAUCAUCAGCGGUUUCAGUUUCAUGCGUCUCCGUCAGUAGUUUCCCUUGAUAUUCUCGUUGAAAAUCCCAUGCUCUAUCUUAGAAUGCCGGGCGAGCUCCAUACCAUGUGAUUGGAUUGACUUUGAUUAAGAUAGCAACCUGCAAUCAGACAUCUGGCCUUCUAGUUCUUUCCGUUGAACAAAAGAG